AUGAAAAUAUUCAUAUUUAUUUUAUUAUACAUUCAAACAAUUUCUUCUCUUGAAUUAAAAAAAUCAUCAACAUGUCAAACAGCAUUAGGCAUGCAAUCAGGUUCUAUUCCUGAUUCAGCUAUAUCAGUAUCGAGUAGUUAUGAUUCGAAUACUGUUGGAUCUAAAGCUAGUCGAGCUAGAACAGAACAGUAUGGUGGUGCAUGGUGUCCAUUAAAUCAAAUAAAUUCAAUACCAAAUGAAUGGUUAGAAAUAGAUUUUGGAAAU